GGACGCGCAGCCGAGCCGGGCCGUGGGACACGCGGCGGGCGCAGGGCAUGAAGUUGGGCGCGCGCGGGCCUCAGAGCGGGGGCGCGGCAGAGCCGGGAGCCGCCCGCGUGCAGAGCCCGCUCGAUGCGCCAUGGAGCUCGGGGUCCCCGGAGCACCGCCCCCGCUGCUGCCUGGGCUGCUGCUGCUCCUGGGGACCGGCCUCCUGCCGGGCUCGCUCCACCUUCCCUCCUUCCCAUUCUCUGGGCGGCCACUCUGCAGCACCCCUGUACCCGCGGGGCCCCGGCCUCCCUGUGAGCAGCCAUGUGGAGACCCGGGCCCACUCGGAGGAGCGGCUCUUGAAGACCCUCUUCUCCGGCUACAACAAGUGGUCCCGGCCAGUGGCCAACACCUCGGAUGUGGUCCUCGUCCGCUUUGGCCUGUCCAUCGCCCAGCUAAUUGAUGUGGACGAGAAGAACCAGAUGAUGACGACGAACGUGUGGGUGAAGCAGGAGUGGCACGACUACAAGCUGCGCUGGGAGCCCAGCGACUACGAGAACGUCACCUCUAUCCGCAUUCCCUCUGAGCUCAUCUGGCGGCCGGACAUCGUCCUCUAUAACAAUGCGGAUGGGGACUUUGCCAUCACCCACCUGACCAAGGCCCACCUGUUCCAUGACGGGCGGGUGCAGUGGACGCCCCCGGCCAUCUACAAGAGCUCCUGCAGCAUCGAUGUCACCUUCUUCCCCUUCGACCAGCAGAACUGCACCAUGAAGUUCGGGUCCUGGACCUACGACAAGGCUGAGAUCGACCUGGUGAGCAUGCACAGCCGGGUGGACCAGCUGGAGUUCUGGGAGAGCGGCGAGUGGGCCAUCGUGGAUGCCGUGGGCACCUACAACACGCGGAAGUAUGAGUGCUGUGCCGAGAUCUAUCCCGACAUCACCUACGCCUUCGUCAUCCGGCGCCUGCCACUCUUCUACACCAUCAACCUCAUCAUCCCGUGCCUGCUCAUCUCCUGCCUCACCGUGCUGGUCUUCUACCUCCCCUCCGACUGCGGCGAGAAGAUCACCCUGUGCAUCUCGGUGCUGCUGUCGCUCACCGUCUUCCUGCUCCUCAUCACCGAGAUCAUCCCGUCCACCUCACUGGUCAUCCCGCUCAUCGGUGAGUACCUGCUCUUCACCAUGAUCUUCGUCACCCUCUCCAUCAUCAUCACCGUCUUCGUGCUCAACGUGCACCACCGCUGGCCGCACACGCACAGCAUGCCUGCCUGGGUGCGCAGGGUUUUCCUGGACAUCGUGCCGCGCCUGCUCUUCAUGAAGCGGCCGUCCGUGGUCAAGGACAACUGCCGGCGGCUCAUCGAGUCCAUGCACAAGAUGGCCAGCACCCCACGCUUCUGGCCCGAGCCUGAGGGGGAGCCCAGCGUCCUGAGUGGCUCCCGCAGUGGGGGCCCAUCUCCCAGCCCAUCCUCCUGUGUCCCUGCGGAGCCUCAGCCUUCCUGCAAGUCGGCCUCUGGCCAGGCGCCCACUGUGGAGCCCGCGGGGGCCGAGGAGGCUGGCCCCUGCCCCCUACCCAACAGCUCCAGGGCCUUUGCGACCCCCAAAGCCAGGUCCCUGAGUGUCCAGCACAUGUCCAGUCCCCAUGAAACAACGGAGGGCGGCAUCCGGAGCCGAUCUCGGAGUGUCCAGUACUGGGGCCCUCGGGACAGCACUGCCUCCUGGGCUGAUGGCUGGGUGGCUGGCUCCCCGGCUUCUCUGAAGGCCCAGUCUGCUGAGCUGCCGCCAGACCAGCCCUCCCCAUGCAAGUGCAUGUGUAAGAAGGAGCCACCUGUGGUGUCCCCGGUCACUGUGCUCGAGGCCCACAGCACCAAAGUGCCACCCCGGCACCUGCCCCUGUCACCGGCCUUGACCCAGGCGGUGGAGGGCGUCCAGUACAUCGCUGAUCAUCUGAAGGCAGAAGACUCUGAUUUCUCGGUGAAGGAGGACUGGAAGUACGUGGCCAUGGUCAUCGACCGCAUCUUCCUCUGGAUGUUCAUCGUUGUCUGCCUGCUGGGAACCGUGGGCCUGUUCCUGCCACCCUGGCUGGCCGGCAUGAUCUAAGGAUGGAGCUGGUGUGGCCUGGGCAACUACAAGAUGCGGCAGGGUUGGGUUGCUUGUCCCCGCCCCCCAGCUCCACGGGGCCGUGCCACUGGCCAUUUGCCCACCAUCUUCCGUACCUGCUGUGAGCUAGCCUUGGAAAGAGACACUACCUCUGAGGGAGCUGGAGUUUGGGUGCUGGUUCUGGUCCUGCAGCGGCCAGGGAGGGGCGGCUGGCUGGCAGGGCUGGCACGUGCUUGCUUCAUCCACAGGGCAGUGUCGUGGCUAAGCCCCAUCAAAGUUUCUCCAGAGCAGACCACUUGCUCUCCUGCCUGCAGACAGCACAUGCUCGCCUGAGCCUUGCAGAUGCCCGGUGAUUGCCCUGCCACAGGCAUGAAGCUUUGUCCCCUUUCUGCCCCUUUUCCUUGUUUCCCUGGGGUCCAGCAGCUCGAGCACCCCACCCAAGCCCCCAGAGAGAGCAGACCUCCAGUCUCCCCAGGCGGAGGCCGAGGUGGGUCUGCUUUGCUCAUCAGGCUGUUAGUUGUUGGAGCCUGGAGCAGGCGCCAUGUGGACAGCCCUGCUCAGAGGGCGCAGGUGCAGGCAGCCCCGGGGGUCCAGGGCCCUGGGGCUCUGUGGUGAGCACCUCCCAGAGGCCUAGUGACCCCAGACCCCCAAAGGCACUGGUGUUUGGGUCCAGGCCCUCUGGGCUCUUCUCUGAAACCUCCGCUGUUCAGAGCCCAGGAGCCCCUUGGGGUCUGGCAAGCGGCAGGCAGGAUUUCCUGUCGUUGUCACUGUCACUAUGGUUAGGCCAUGGUCCCCUUGGUGCAACCUGGGACCUUGGGUGGAGGGGCAGAAGGAGCCCGAGCUGCUGUCCGGGUUGGGGACCCCUGGGGCUUCUAGACAGGUCAGGGCUGACUUGCCCUCCAGGGGCCUCAGACCAAGGAGGGGCCUUACCACCCACCUGGCUUGUCCAGAGUCAUGAGGGCUGAAGUGGUGGCCCCACAAGACAGCACCAGGCGGCCCUGGAGUGCUUUGUGAGAUAUGGGGUUAGCACAUGCUGCUCCUGCCUCUCAGGUCGCACGUGCCCGGGGUCCAGGGUGGGAGGAGUCUUCCUGUGCAGUGGCCCCAGCCCCGUCCCCCUGCUGACCCCAACUAGCCAGGGAGACCCUGCUCCCUCGGCCAUCUCAUCCCUGCCUGGAGCUGAGGUACUUGGGAGAACUGAGGGAGUAACUUCGUCAGUCUGGGGCUGAUGCACACCAAGCUCUGGUCAGUGCAGCAGCCGCCACCAAAGGUUGCUGGUCCCAGCUGGCCAGUGAUGCUGGGAUGGGGGAGCCACCGAGGGCUAAUGUCACCCAUACCCUCCCACCUCUGAACACCAGGCUGCUGGCCACCCACAGGGUCCCUGUGGAGAUGGGGUCCUGAGUCUGAGGCCCUGGGAGGUUCUUGUGCCCACAGUGGGAGGCAGAGGCCUAAGUGCUCCAUCCCGGGCAUCCCAGGCCUCUGUCUUCAGGGCACUGAGGGCCCCUCCUGCUGAGCAGGGUCUGCACUGGCGCCAGCCACUCCCACCCUGCCCUCAGCAGAGUCCUCAGGUGGGUAAGUUCACGCAACUGGGGUUGGGGGGCAGGCCUCGGAGGAGGAUGGAUGAGGCAGAUUUCAAAUGUGAACUCCAAGAUCCAAGUUGCAUAAGCAGAUCCAGCUGCCAGAUGUGUGGGCAGCUGUGGCGCCCUGGACAGUGCAGCUGCAGAUGUUCUUUUCUGGGUCAGGAGACGUGAGGAGCCAGGACACUCCUGUCAGGCAGCCCUCCUGCUGCCGGGACUCCAGGAAAGGAAAUAAAGCACCUGUGUCCCCCACACGCAGCUUCCCAUAUUUGCCUGCAGCGUUGAUUCGGAAUUGAGGUAAAGUUUACUUAUGGCCAAAUGCGUGAUGUGAGCCUUUCAGGCCAGUGAGGUUUAAGAAAGAGGACAGCACUGCCCUCGGCCUUCCAGUGUAUGGGCGCCACGAGCAGUGCUCCCCACUCUGUCCCUCUGCUCCUCUUGGGGCACAGCAGCCCUGACGUGACCCCCGAACCUGCAGCACUGGGCACUGUGCACUGUGGACCACAGGAUGACGGCACUGUGGAAACUGGGGUGUGGCUUUCCUCACUCAGUCUGAGGACAUUGACGUUCUUCUGUGUUGUGUGCAUCUGUAGUUCAUGGCCGUGUUGUGUUUUGGUUCUUAGUUGCCGAGCAGUGUUCUGUCUGAAUAAACUGGUCACAGCGUGUUUA